CCAGGAGGAAAUAGGAAGAAAUUGAUUUUCUGCAUUAUGAUCAUGGAACCCGUCUCCUAUUGUUCGGUGCCUAACGUGUUCUAGAGGAGCAAAUGCAAUUUACUGAAUACUUGAACGUUUGAAUUCGUUUAAAUACAAAGAUAUGGAUGAUCUUGCACCUUUGGUGGAGAAGCUAAAAAUAGCUGAAGAUGAGACUGACAAGACUGAACACUUGGAUAAACUUAUUGGUCUCCUGUCACAAAAUGAGGAUGACAGAGAGGACCUCACCCAGACUGUGAUUAACACGGGAGUUCUCGACAGCGUGCACAAGUUUCUAGUCGAUUCUACCAACAAUGAUAUCUGUUCAAAGUGUGCCCAACUCCUCGCAGAACUUGCUAAAACAGAAUCUGUGCGCCAGCCGCUAGUAGAUCUGAAUUUUGUUCCUCCGCUGGUGGAUCUACUCCCCUCGGAGGACAUCACAGUGAGCACCCAGGCCUGUAGAGCUCUUGGAAACAUCUGCUUCGAAAAUGAUGCCGCACGUAAUGCGAUGGAUGAGGCAGACACGAUGAAGAACCUGCUGGGCUUGCUGCGGUCUCAGCUACACAGCGAGGUGGAUGGUGCCCAGAGACUGCGGACGAUCGCCUGCGGCUUCCUCGUCAACCUCACCAACACUCACGAAGCACUGCAGGAGAAGGCUCUGGAGGGGAACGUGCUGGAGAUCCUCAACACGUGUCUGGAGAAACACCUCGACGACCAGGGACUCACCAACAUGACGCUGCUCACCAUCGCCAGCAUCGCAGACUCAGAUGUUGGUAAAGAGAAGAUCAGUGACUCGGAUAUCCCCCUCUCCCUGGUGAGCCUCCUGUCAAGAGACGAGAUGUCUGAAAAUGACGAAGCCAUUCUCGAUGUGCUGAUUAGUCUCAGUGACAGCGACAAGAUGAAGGAGAAGCUGGCCAACACGAGUUUGCCCAACUACCUGAUCCGCCUGAUCCAGACGAACACGGGCAGGUCGGCCGCGGAGAGUCAGCAGUGUGUCAAGAUGGCGUCCGACCUGCUCGUGUCACUUCUCGUCGGAGAUAACAGUAUGGAAACCCUAUUUGCGGGCGGUGAUGGCUCAGUCUUUAUAGAGUCUGUCAAGUGGCUAGAUUCUGACUGUGACAAUCUUAAAAUAGCAGGUGCACUGGCCAUAGGAAACUUUGCAAGAAGUGAUGAACAUUGUCAUCAUCUAGUGGAAGACGGGAUCACGGACAAACUGCUCAACAUCAUCAAGGGGAACAACUCUGACACGGAGGAACCAAACAUCACUCUGCAACACGCCGUACUGAGCGCUCUCAGAAACCUGGCAAUUCCUGUUCCCAACAAGCCCCGCCUCCUGCGUGCGGGAGUGAUGGACAUCGUGUUGAAUCUCUCCAACACCGAGAUCCUGGCCGUCGCGUUCAAACUGCUCGGGGUUCUCAGGAUGCUUAUCGAUGGCCAAGAGGAAGCCUCGAAGACUCUUGGCUGUAAUAAGGAAUUUAUAUCUCGCUUGGUAGAAUGGUGUGGUGUUGAAGAACACGCAGGGGUCAAAGGUGAAGCGAAUCGUCUCUUGGCCUGGCUUGUUAGGAAUAGCAAGUCUGCAGACGUCAUGAAAAACAUCAUACGUGCGGACGGCCUUCAGUUUUUGGUAGCCAUGGCAACAUCUGAGCACAUUGUCAUGCAAAAUGAAGCACUGUUUGCUCUAACAAUGAUUUGCUCCUCGGUUCUUGCCGAUGCUGCAGUAGCUCUGAAGGAGGCCGACCUGUCUACCAUGCUAACCACCAUCCUAAAGGAUAAAAACACAGUGUCUGAAAUCACCUGUAACACCCUCACUCUGACCAAGGCCAUCUGUACUGCUGAUAACUUACGAGAGGAGUUGAUCAGCUCGGGCAUUGCGGUCAUUAUCAGAGAGUUGUCUGACCACAAAGACAAGAAAGUGCGCGACUUGGCGAGAUCCGUUCUCGAGUUCAUAGAUAACCUUCCCGACGCGAGAUGAGAGCGACAGGACACUCAUCACCACUGGGAGUCACAGAAUUAGCGUGCUGGGAACAAUCUGUUUAAAACAUUCUCGUACACCAUUCCAGUGGUCGGUUUUAUCUAAAGAGAUUAUUCACCAUGUAAAUUGCAAUAUUUUUCAAUCAAAGUAUAACCAUUUGUGGUUUGUGAUUACUAUAGAUAUUAUUAUUAGUUGUAUAACUACUAGUAUCAUCACAAUUUAUCAGAGGAAUUAUUAAUUAUAUAUACCAGUGUGAUUACUGUUAUCAUAGAUGUUAUUAUUAUUACUUAUAGAUAUUAGUUUUAUUACAGGCACAUGUGGAGGAGUUUAUGCAGGGUGGGGGGUUGUCUAGAAUGGGACAAGGAAAUUUUCUAGAGAGGAUCGAAUCAUGCUUCCCCAGAAAAUAUAUUUUUAAAAAAAGUGCUUGAUCAGGGGUGUUUUCGACUCUUGAACCUCUACCCCUCUACACAUGUGCCUAUGUUAUCAUAGAUAGUUUGAUGUAUGUGAUCCAGUAUCGAUGCUACUUACUUACGCAGUGUCAGCAAACGCUUAUCAUGAAAAUGGUGCAAUGUAUGCUACGCAAUUCGCCAUCACAUUGCUUCAUCCAUUGUCCUAAGCUAAAAAGAAAAUUUUAAAUACUUGAGGAUGCUUAUAUAUAUAUAUAUUAUUAAAAAGUAAAAUUCAAAAUGAUACUAAUGCAUCUCGACUGCUUGACUGUGUUUCGAUAGUUUGGUGUGAUUGGUCAGAAAUCUUACAAUAUUAUCUACUACAAAACAAAACCCUGAGAAAUUCAGAAAACACAAACUGGAUCAUACAUUAAAGAUAGUACGAUGGUAUUAAAGAUAGUAACAUAAUUUUAGUUAGUUUUUUUGUUGAGGGGGUUUCAGUUCUUUUCUUUUUUUCUUCUGUUUUUUUGCACUUUCAUUUCUAUGAAAAACUAUAACAUUAUUAUUUUUUCUUUAACUUCAGGAAUAUGCCUUUUCCAAAGCAAAUUAGAGAUAUUUUAUGUUAUGUAACUCAUCAUUGUCAACAGGGAUAAAAUCCCUCCAUCCCUAGUGGUACUACUUCCCUACGAUUAGGUGUUAAUUGUGUGCUAGUUGUGCAUCAUGUGUUAAACCACUAGUUACUAGUUGUGUAUCAUGCAUCCAAGCACUGGCUACUAGUUGUGUUCAUGCGUGCAACCACUGGUUACUAGUUGUGUGUCGUGCAUCCAACCACUGGUUACUAGAUGUGUGCCAUGCUUCCAACCACUGGUUACUAGAUGUGAGUCAUGCAUCCAACCACUGAUUACUAGUUGUGCGUCAUGCAUCCAACCACUGAUUACUAGUUGUGCAUCGUGCAUCAAACCACUGAUUACUAGUUGUGCGUCAUGCAUCAAACCACUGGUUGUGCAUUGUGCAUCCAACCACUGAUUACUAGUUGUGCAUCGUGCAUCAAACCACUGGUUACUAGUUGUGCAUCGUGCAUCAAACCACUGGUUACUAGUUGUGUGUCGUGCAUCAAACCACUGGUUACUAGUUGUGUGUCGUGCAUCAAACCACUGGUUACUAGUUGUGUGUCGUGCAUCAGACCACUGGUUACUAGUUGUGCGUCGUGCAUCAAACCACUGGUUACUAGUUGUGCGUUGUGCAUCAAAGCACUGAUUACUAGUUGUGUGUCGUGCGUCAAACCACUGGUUACUAGUUGUGUCAUGCAUCCAACCACUGAUUACUAGUUGUGUGUCAUGCAUCCAACCACUGAUUACUAGUUAUGCGUCGUGCAUCAAACCACUGGUUACUAGUUGUGCGUCAUACAUUCAACCACUGAUUACUAGUUGUGCGUCGUGCGUCAAACCACUGGUUACUAGUUGUGUGUCAUGCAUCCAACCACUGAUUACUAGUUAUGCGUCGUGCAUCAAACCACUGGUUACUAGUUGUGCGUCAUACAUCCAACCACUGAUUACUAGUUGUGCGUCGUGCGUCAAACCACUGGUUACUAGUUGUGUGUCAUACAUCCAACCACUGAUUACUAGUUGUGCAUCGUGCAUCAAACCACUGAUUACUAGUUGUGCAUCGUGCAUCAAACCACUGGUUACUAGUUGUGUGUCGUGCAUCAAACCACUGGUUACUAGUUGUGCGUAGUGCAUCAGACCAGUGGUUACUAGUUGUGCGUCGUGCAUCAAACCACUGGUUACUAGUUGUGCGUUGUGCAUCAAACCACUGGUUACUAGUUGUGCAUCGUGCGUCAAACUACUGAUUACUAGAUGUGUGCCAUGCUUCCAACCACUGGUUACUAGAUGUGAGUCAUGCAUCCAACCACUGGUUACUAGUUGUGCAUCGUGCAUCAAACCACUGAUUACUAGUUGUGCAUCGUGCAUCAAACCACUGGUUACUAGUUGUGUGUCGUGCAUCAAACCACUGAUUACUAGUUGUGCGUAGUGCAUCAGACCAGUGGUUACUAGUUGUGCGUCGUGCAUCAAACCACUGGUUACUAGUUGUGCGUUGUGCAUCAAACCACUGAUUACUAGUUGUGCAUCGUGCGUCAAACUACUGAUUACUAGUUGUGCGUCAUGCAUCAAACUACUGGUUACUAGUUGUGCGUCGUGCGUCAAACUACUGGUUACUAGUUGUGCGUCGUGCAUCAAACCACUGAUUACUAGUUGUGCAUCGUGCGUCAAACUACUGAUUACUAGUUGUGCGUCAUGCAUCAAACCACUGGUUACUAGUUGUGCGUCGUGCAUCCAACCACUGGUUACUAAUUGUGCGUCGUGCAUCAAACCACUGGUUACUAGUUGUGCGUCGUGCAUCCAACCACUGGUUACUAGUUUUGCGUCGUGCAUCAAACCACUGGUUACUAGUUGUGCGUCGUGCAUCCAACCACUGGUUACUAGUUGUGCGUCGUGCAUCCAACCACUGGUUACUAGUUUUGCGUCGUGCAUCAAACCACUGAUUACUAGUUGUGCAUCGUGCAUCAAACCACUGGUUACUAGUUGUGCGUUGUGCAUCAAACCACUGAUUACUAGUUGUGUGUCAUGCAUCAAACCACUGGUUACUAGUUGUGUGUCAUGCAUCAAACCACUGGUUACUAGUUGUGCGUCGUGCAUCCAACCACUGGUUACUAAUUGUGUGUUGUGCAUCAACCCACUAGUUACUAGUUGUGCAUCAGACACUGGUUACUAGCUGUGCGUCGUGUGUCAAACCACUGGUUACUAGUUGUGCGUCGUGCGUCAAAGCACUUGUUACUAGUUGUGCAUCGUGCGUCAAAGCACUGGUUACUAGUUGUGCAUCGUGCGUCAAACCACUGGUUACUAGUUGUGCGUCAUGCGUCAAAGCACUGGUUACUAGUUGUGCGUCAUGCGUCAAACCACUGGUUACUAGUUGUGCGUCAUGCGUCAAACCACUGGUUACUAGUUGUGUGUCAUGCGUCAAAGCACUGGUUACUGUUUGCUCAGCUACAUACGCAGCCAUGCUCUUCAUCAAUCAAACACGCAUUGUCAAAAAUGUAUUUUUUAUCUGUUGAUCAUUUCUUGAAUAAAAUAUAAAAUAUG